CCAGUUUGAUUUGUUAAAUAAAUCCUAUGGGAAUGAACAGAUAUUUGAAGUUCAACAGAAAGUCCUUUUGAGAACCCAAGAGAAGUGCCUAUUGUCUUGGUUUUUUCCAAAGAAAAACUAUGACUUGAUUGGUGAAAAGCAAGGAGUGGGUAAUGCUGCAAGGAUAAUCAAUAAAAUUCUCUUGCAGCAUACUGGACCUAUUCUCGGUUUCCAUCUUAUGUCAAAUGAUGAUUAUAUGGGAAAGUAUUUGGAUCCAUGGAUCAUCUUUGUCUCGAAGCAUGGUAUACAGAAGCUCACCAUACAUUUGCCCGAUAGUCGUGAAUAUGAAUUGCCUUAUGGCAUACUGACUUGCUCAUCAUUGACACAUUUGGAGGUUUUUGCGUCCGCUGUCUUUAAGCCGUCCGAUUGUGUCAAAUUCCCCAAUCUUGUUAGCCUUGAGUUAGAAGACACUCAAAUUGAAUUUGCUCCAAAACUUGAGAACUUAACUAUCGAUGACAUCGAUAUUGAAAACCUGAACCCAAUCGUUACAAGCAUUAAGCACCUCAGCUUGGACGGGUCAUCCCUAAAGACUUUAGCUGAGUUGUUUCAUGUGCCAGCAGAUAGGCUUGUUCUACCACAAAACCUGCAAACACUGAAAAUAUGUGACUUGAAGAUUUCUGUUGAACAGUUUCCUUGUGCACUUAUCCUGCUUCGUGGUUCAUCUAACCUUUAUGAACUUGACUUGAGUGUAGCUGUGCAGGUUGAGGAGAGUGACAUAAGGGAACUGUCUUCUUACUUGUCGAAGGCAGAAAGCCAUGUGAAUGAAGCUUUGAGUAUGAUUCAGAAGAUGAGAGUAAAGGAAUUCAAGGGAUCAAGAGCUGAAAUGUACUUAAUAAAACUCCUCCUCGCUCAUUCUCCAAAACUAGAGAAGAUGAUCGUUGAACAGUUCAAGAACUUUAAUUCUGGUGAAUGUAUUGAACAUCUGAAGGAACUGAUCAGCUUUCCUCGAGCGUCAACCAAAGCAGUAAUUAAGUAUUUAUAGUCUGAUUCCCUUCAAUCAAGUUUACUGAUGCUUAAAGCCAGGGAUUCACUUCUGAAACAUGUCGUAGGGAAGCUAACGGAGUAGCGGACGCAAAGGAAGGAUGCAAUUUGAAUAUUUUUGGGAGCUUAAAGAUUUUCACAUCCCCUCCUACUUUUGUAAUCGCUUUGUUUAUUAGGCUUUAGAGAAAAAUAUUAUUGCUUUUUAGUUGUUUAUCUAAUUAAGUCAUGUUAUUUCUUUGGUGG